GCUAAUGAUGGAAAGUUCCAAGCUGUCCAGUUGGUUGGAAUGCUCAGAGGAAUUGCAUCAGGAAUGCAGUACUUGUCAGAUAUUAAUUACAUCCACAGGGACCUAGCAGCAAGAAAUGUGUUGGUCAACAACAAUUUAGUCUGUAAGAUUGCUGAUUUUGGACUGUCUAGAGAGAUAGAAUGUGCCACAGAAGGGGACUAUACAACCAGGGGUGGAAAGAUUCCUGUGCGAUGGACUGCUCCGGAAGCAAUCGCAUUUAGAAAGUUUACGUCCGCCAGUGAUGUGUGGAGUUUUGGCAUAGUGUGCUGGGAGGUGAUGUCUUACGGAGAACGUCCAUACUGGAACUGGUCCAAUCAGGAUGUUAUCAAGAAUAUUGAGAAAGGUUAUAGGCUCUCAGCACCAAUGGACUGUCCAGAAGCUCUUCACCAGCUAAUGUUGGACUGUUGGCAGAAAGAACGUUCCUACAGACCCAGCUUUGCCAGCAUAGUUAAAACACUGGAUAAGUUAAGUAGAUGUCCAGAUAGUCUACGGAAAAUAGCUGUUAAUAAAAAUCAAAAUCCAUUGGAUCCUCGUGCACCCGACAUGAUGCAGUUUAAAUCAGUGUCAGAGUGGUUGAACAGCCUGAAGAUGGGUCGAUAUCUGGAGAACUUUGAUCAUGCUGGUGUAAGUACAAUGGAAGCAGCAGCAGGAUUAACUCGUAAGAACUUGACCACUCUGGGUGUGACCUUAGCUGGACACCAGAAGAAACUACUCAACAGUGUGCAGAUGCUCAGGGCUCAGAUGUCGGAUGGAUUCCUUGUCUAGUGACCAUGUGACGACUGUGUUGUGUACAGUGUAUAUUUAAUGGUGUUGUGACCUUGAUGUCAAAUCCAACAUAUCACAGACUCAAGGGCUCUAAACGACAGCCACUCCACUACAGUAAGACUUAGCUGAAUCAUGGGUGCUACCUUAUGGAAAGGUUUUUAUUCGAUGAGACAGUCGUCUCAGAAGUGUAUGCAACCUAACUGAAUAGUGUGUACUUAGAUAAUAUGCAAAAAAUGUUCAUCCUUUCAAUAUAUCAUUGUCCUGGCAAGUGUUGUGAACUUGGUAGAAAAGAAUGUUUCACAUCAGAUCAAAAGAAUGUUUCAAAACCAGAUCAGAAGAAUGUUUCACACCAGAUCAGAAGAAUGUUUCACACCAGAUCAGAAGAAUGUUUCAAAACCAGAUCAGAAGAAUGUUUCAAAACCAGAUCAG